UGAGGCUCUGCCUUUGAAGAGAAUUCCUAAAGGGGAAGUCUUAAAGAAAAAGUCUCCCACCAUAAUUAUUAUACACAGAGAACUAGACUUUUCCAACGAAUAAAGGCCCAACUUCAGGGAAAAUGGCAGGGUUUCUGUGGGGGCAUGACAAUUAUCUUGAUUGUAGGUAUUUUACCUACAAAGUCUAUGAAGAAGUCUCUUUAAGCACUAUAAAUGCCUUUAUCUCUUUGCUGUAAUGGGCACAAGGCUUUUUUCUAUUCUUUACGUCCCAAAGAGCGCUUGACACAUGUUACCAAAGCACAUUGGAUGUUUUAGAGCAUCAUCAUCAUACGCUAUCACUCGUGGCUGAGUAUGAUUGUCUUCCGAGUGUAGAGUCUUGGUGGUGGGUCCAUUAGUGGCUGUAGAGACCUAUUCUGGAGAUGCAUUGUCUUUUGAAAUAACUCACAUCGAUUUCCAGAUAGAAGGUGGUCCUGACAGGUGUUUCUUGACACACCUUCCUCUUGGCAUGUUUCUCCCUUUCACCCCCUAUUAGUGCCUCUUCAAAAUCCACAGCGCUGUUGGUAACAGCUGACCUACAGUUAGAAUGCUCAAGUGGCAGGGCUUCCCAGUUCUCUGUGUUUAUUCCACAUUUUUAAGGUUAGCAUUAAGCCCAUCUUUAAAUCUCUUUGGCCGGCCACUGACAAUUUGUUUUUUGUUUUAGAGCAAUGCUAUUCAAAGUGGCAGUCUAUGGACAAAUGCAAUCUCAAAAGCCUUUGGUUGGCUGCCUGUGGGAAGUAUUCAAAAAAGAAAGACAGUUUAGUAGAUAUUACAGGCCCAUCUAUGGUACAUUUGGAGAAAAAUGUCAUUGCAGCAUAUUAGAAUGUCUGAAAAAAUAAUUUUACAGUCAUAUUGUUAGAAUUAGUCCAUAAUCAGCUGUGAAAUUGAGCUCUCAAGUAACAAAUCCCUAUAGAAAUUACCUUGUCAUUCUGCGGACUUUCUAGCCACUUUUGAGCACCUUUUGAAUUGCCAUGCGAUCUCUGCCAUACUGUUCUGUUCUUGAUCCUCUAAGCUCCACCCCUGUUCUAAAGGAAUUUUCGUUGAUUGUUGCCAUAUACAGAAUCUUUUCUCCUUCUGCUAAUACAUAUGCAGCCUCAUUCCCAUCUAGUUUCUAUCCUGACAAAUGCUCCAAGGGCCUUCUCGUCCAAGAAUGGAAUGUCAAAGGAUCUACUUCAGGAGACCUCUUCCUCUGUUUCUGCUGACUCUAAUUAGUGUACAGAAUGAGGUUGCUGGUCAGACACCACCAGAGGGAUUUAGAUACGUCUCUUAUGAGGUGACUAUCCCUAAAAAACUGACCCCUAGAUAUGGUCAGGAAGAAUCCAAAGGCAUCAGCUAUCUGCUGCAUAUUGAGGGGAAGGGCCACAUGUUUCAUCUUAGGCAGAAGAAAGCAUUUGUGCCGAAACACUUUCCGGUCUUCACCUACAAUAAGGUGGGGGAACUCCAAGUGGACUAUCCUUUCAUCAAGGAUGACUGUUUCUAUCAUGGCUUUGUUCAGGGCCAGCUCUCUUCCCAGGUCACCCUCAGCAUUUGCUCUGGAGGACUAAGAGGUGUGUUUGGGUUUGACAACAUGACCUAUGAAAUUGAACCAGUCCAGGCAUCUGCUAGCUUCCAGCAUAUAGUGUAUCGCCUGGAAGAGAAGGAAGGUGCUGUUAGGAUGAGGUGUGGAGUAACAAAGGAAGAGGAAAGACGGCAAGAGAUUCUGCUGCAGAACACAGAAAAAGUAGUUGUCAAAAGGAAUUCGCAAAAUGUGUGGUGGGCCCAUGUUAGAUAUGCAAAAGUGGCCAUUGUAGUGGACAAUGAACGAUUUGUGAGGUUUGACAGUAAUGAAACUGUUGUUACUUUGCAUGUUCUGGAUAUUUUUCAUACUGCUAUUUCAUUCUAUGAUGCACUUUCUGUUCAGCUGUUUUUAGUUGGACUAGAAAUCUGGUCAGAAAGGAAUCUCAUAAAUACUGCUACCACUCAGGGAGCUGUACUUUGGGAUUUUGGUGAAUGGAGAAGACGUUCACUUCUCACUCGUCUACAGAAUGAUGCUGCACACUUAUUUUUAUAUAAAGACCGUCCUCCAGUACUUGGAAUUGCAUAUUUAGAAACAAUCUGUAGUACGCAUUAUGCAGUAGGUGUUAAUUAUUUUACAUCUGACAAUUUAUAUUAUUUCUCUAUUACAUUUGCACAUGAAUUGGGACAUAAUCUUGGUAUGGCACAUGAUCAAAGAUAUUGCCGUUGUGAUCGAGCUACCUGCAUCAUGGCUAGAUAUCAGGAUAUCACCGAUCAGUUUAGUAAUUGUAGUUAUAGGGACUAUUUCAAAUUCAGGAACCAUCAGUGUUUGUUAAUACCACCAGGUGAAGUGUUGCAUAGAUUCACGUAUUGUGGAAACAAAGUUGUGGAAGAUGGAGAGCAAUGUGAUUGUGGUAAAGAAGAUGAAUGUGAAUCAGAUCCAUGUUGUCAGUCUAACUGUGUGUUACGUCCAGGGGCCACUUGUGCAUUUGGAUCAUGUUGCAGAAACUGCCAAUAUGUUCCAGCUCGAUCCAUUUGCAGAAGAAAUGUUAGUAUAUGUGAUCUUCCUGAAUACUGUCAUGGGUCUUCAGAAUGGUGUCCUGAAGACGUCUAUGUUCAAGAUGGGGCCCCGUGCAGGGAUGGGGCAUAUUGUUAUCAGGGGAAUUGUACUACGCAUGACAGGCAGUGCAAAAUUAUCUUUGGCUCCCAAGCAACAGUGGCUUCAGAGGAUUGUUUCAGAAUAAUGAAUGCUCGAGGUGAUCGUUUUGGCAACUGUGGCCUUAAACAUGGGGUUUACAGCAAAUGUACAACAUCGAACAUCCUGUGUGGCAGGAUCCAGUGUUCAGAUGUGGAUGAUCUCCCCAUGUUGGAAGAUCACAGCACUAUGAUUCAGACACAGGCUGGGGACAUUGAGUGCUGGGGCCUAGACUACCACAGUGGGAUGGAAAUACCUGAUUACGGAGCAGUAAGGGAUGGCACUCCUUGUGGCACAGACAUGAUAUGCAUUGGUGGAGAGUGUUUGCAUGUGUCCCUCUUGAACUAUGACUGUAAUGUCACUAAGUGUCACAACCGGGGAGUAUGCAAUACCUACAAACAUUGCCAUUGUGAUUAUGGCUGGGCCCCUCCUGACUGUCUCAAAGAAGGUUAUGGUGGUAGUAGUGACAGUGGACCUGCUUUGCAAUAUAGGAGUGCUGUUGUUGCAGGAGCUGUUGUAGGAACUUUAUUUGCUCUGUCUUCAGCAACUAUUGUUCUUGCCAUGGCUGUAUAUAAGGUUCUGCUGAGCCAUGGUUUUAGAAGACUGAGCUCGGUCAUCUCCCCAGUUGAGUUAACAGAAGAAGUAAACUGAAAGUGAACAAUUCACACCAAAGAAAAAAAAUUUAUGUAGGAAAUAAUAUUUAAUACUUGUAUUUUUAUGCAUAUUUACUCUCUGUAUUUUUUGUUCCUUGAUAAAAUAACAAAGUUUUAUUAUUGCGUAUGAGGCUGAUAUUGUGUUGUAAGCCAUUAAAGCUCUGUCCCACCAUGCGGAAAGGAAUUUUAAUAAAGCGACAGAGUCUCUUUAUUAAAUCAUUUAGAGAAUUAGCAUUAUUUGACACCUAUUUGAUAACUCCCUGACUGUUGUACUUCAGUGUUAUGAAAUUGGGGGAAUUGUAGUUUUACAAAGGUCCUUCACUUUCUUCUUCUAUUUUUUUUGUAACUCCUUUUUCCAUCUUUUUCAUAACCUCCUUAUUCUUCCUCAUUCUUCUUCAGAUCUCCCUCUUUCUUUGGCAGAUUUCUAUCUCCAUCUUGCGCAGAUUUCUAUCUCCCUCUGCCUUGGGCAGAUUUCUCACCAUCUUCUUUUUUUUAAAUAUAUUUUUAUUAGGGAAAAUGAAAAAAAAAAGGGGGGGUAUUUUUCUUCUACAAGUAAAGUGGGAGAACAAUAAAAUGAUAGGAUAGUAGGAAAAACCUAUAAGGGAGUAAAGUAAGUGUGGAUAGAAGUUUCAGGUAUGGUAGGUGGUGGAAAAGGUAGAAUGGAAGCAAGGUUUCUUUGGUUUUUUCUUUCCUUUAUUUUUUCUGUCUGGUCGGGUGGAUUAUGCUCUGUAUCUUCCUUUGCUGCUCUGCUGCUCAGUUGUUUAGUUGUCUCCAUCUCUUCGUGACCUCAUGGACCAGUCCACGCCAGAGCUCCCUGUCGGGAUGGCUAUCUUUUUUUUCUUUGUAGAAAGUUGGAUUUGUACUGUUCUGUCUCAGAAUUUCAUCAUGGAUUAUUUUCUUGGUGAAAUGGACAAUUAUGUCUCUGGAGACUUUAUUCUUUUUUGCAUAGUUUGUAGAUGAUCUGUAAACCUUGUCUAUUAAUUCAUCUGUCUGUGCCUCUGAUUGUUGUAGGAUAUGUGCUACUAAAUUUACAAUUAUUUUUCUUUAGUUCUCUUUAGUUUCCUCCUUAAUAUUUCUAAAUCUCAGUUGGAACUCCAUCUCUCUUUGUUCCAAUCCUUCUUGAAUUAUAUCCAUCCUGGCAUUCUUCAUAUCCAGUUUAUCUAUCUUCUUUUGCAAAUUGUCUUGAGCUUGUUCUAGUUUCUUUUUAUCUAUUUUUAUUUCUUUGAUAUCAUUAUGAACCCCAUUCAGUUCCUUCUUCAUUAUACCAAUCUGUUGUGUAAUUUCUUUAUUCAUGAUCUGUAUUUGUUCUUGAAAUAAUUUUUGUUGUGCUUCAUGUCUUUCUGCCAUAGUCUGUAAUUCUUUCUGGUAGAUAUCCUGUUUAUCAGAUGAUAAUAAUAAUAAUAAUAAUAAUAAUAAUAAUAAUAAUAAUAAUAAUAACUUUAUUUAUACCCCGCCACCAUCUCCCCAACGGGGACUCGGGGCGGCUUACAUGGGGCCAUGCCCAAAACAAUACAAUAUAAACAGCAUAUAAAAGAUAAUUUCUGUAUCGCUCUAAAAACAUCGAUCAAGCCAAUUUCUUCAUUUCCUGGAGGUCUCCUUGAUAGGCCCUUAUUAUCUUUUAGCUCUUUGUCCCCUUUAAUCUUUGAAGUAGUCAUAAUUGAUGGUUAAAGUUCACUUUCCACCUCUUAUUCUUCUUGGUCCCUUUAUUUGGUCUCUAAGUCUUUCUGCUUCUCUGUCUUUUCUCUAUGUUCUCUUUCUUUCUAGUCUUUCCGUGAUUUGAUCCUUUCUCUAUGAUAUUCCCAUAGACUUAUAUCAUAUCCGUCAGUUGUCAGGCCUCCAGUCACUCUAUCUCUGUAUACGUUGGUCUUGUCCUACUUUUGUUUACUUCUACCCUCCCAGUCCUUGCCUUAUUCUGCCCUGAGUUUGCAUCCACUUUUUGUCUACUCCUCCCUUCUCAGGUUUAUUUCCUGCUGAGAUGGCAGGCUUUUCUUUCUUUCGUCGCUAAAGCUGUUUGCUUAUGAAGAAGCUACAGCCUUAGACUAAACAAUGCUUUUGAAGAUCAGUCUUCCUUUCUCUAGUCCGUCAGAUCCAUUUUAAAAUCUUUGAGAUUCUUUGAGACAAUGAAGUAAUGGAAAAUAAACAGUUUUAUAAUCCUUUGUUUAGUCCUUAUUUUUCUCAUUUUACUUGCUCCCCAUAAAAACAGGGGAACACGAAGUUAUUCCCUUCUUUCUUUCUUUUUCCCUGCUGAUUUUCCUCCCUCUGGGUUUGUUAUAUUUUCAGAGGAUCGCCUUGCAUUAUAUUCUUAUUAAUUCAGGAAAAGUCUGAUUACACAAAGAAUAGAUUGAUUUUCUAUAGAAACUCACAGUUUCAUAUCUGCUGGAAAACAAACUCAGCCAAGAGUACAAAGUCCAACAAAUUCCUCACUUGCCUUGCAGACAAUUUUAUGGUCCAGAAGGUAGAAGAAGCAACAAAGGGAUUGGCUACUCUUCAUCUAAUCUUAACAAAUGUGGAAGACCUGAUCAAUACAGUCGAAGUAGUUGGAUCCUUAGGGGCAAGUGACCAUGUGCUCCUGCAGUUUGCAAUAAAAAAGAAUGCUGAAACUAAGACAAGUCAAACACGCAUCCUGGACUUUAAGAGAGCUGACUUCCAAAAAAUGAAGGAAUUACUGAGCGGCAUUCCAUGGAUGCCAAUAUUAAAAAACAAGGGAGUUAAGGAUGGAUGGGAGUUUUUCAAAAGUGAAAUACUCAAGGCGCAAAUGCAAACAGUGCCAACAAAGAAGAAAAAUAACACAAGUGCAAAGAAGCCAGAAUGGAUGUCCAAAGAACUUCUAACUGAGCUAAGACUCAAAAGUGACAUGCACAAGAAGUGGAAAAGGGGAGAAAUCAUCAAAGAAGAAUUCAAACGUAUAGCCAACUCCUGUAGGGAAAAGGUUUGCAAGGCUAUAACGCAAAAUGAGCUCAGGCUUGCUAGGGACAUAAAAAACAACAAAAAAGGCUUUUUUGCUUACGUUGGUAGAAAAAGGAAGAACAAGGAGGCAAUAGGGCCACUGUGUGAUGCCUCAUGGGCCUUGUAGUCCCACUCCUAGUGUCACUGUGGCAGAUGAGGAUGAAAACAUGGGGUUUUCUCCGGAUCAACAACAGCCGGAAUCCUUCCAGAUGCCCGAUGUUGAUACUCUUGCCCAAGAACCAAUUAAAACAGACCUUGAACAGCUCUCACCUCCCUUCGCUAGGAGACAGUCCUUUGCAGCAGACAGGGGAGUGAAAGAGCGGGUUCGCAGGAGCUUAAGA